AUGAUAAUUAGAGCAGAUAAUGUCAAGUCCUUUGUAAACAAGGAUGUACUCGAUAUGCUCCGCCAAUACAACAUAAGACUUCAUACAUCGACCCCUUACUACCCAAAGGGAAAUCGGAAAACUGAGGAGACAAACAAGACGCUCAUCCGAAUCCUCAAAAGGACAGUGCAUGAUCACCAUAGAGAGUGGCACGACCAGUUGUCGUUGGCACUCUGGGCAUACAGAAUCUCGAAGCGUGGCUCCACCGGAGCGUCACCCUAUUCACUAGUCUACGGAGAAGACGCGAUACUGCCGGCAGAGAUAGCAAUUCCAUCGGCAAGAGUAGCGAUGGACAACCACAACACGCCGGAUGAGCUAAGUCGUUUCGCCCGCCUGGAUACAAUAGAAGAACGGAGAGCACAAGCGGAACGAUUCGCAGAAGCUUACAGGAAGCGCGCAACCAAUUAUUAUAACCAGAGCGUGAAGGAGAGCACUUUCAAGGUGGACGACUUAGUAUUAAAAAUCGCCCCUCACGUACAAAGAAAUGCCAGCGCCGGUAAGUUUGCUGCAAACUGGGAAGGCCCGUUCAAAAUAAUAAAAGUAGCAGAAAGCGGAUACUAUAAGCUUAGGCGCAUGGAUUGA